AGGGCAUCGAAUGUGGGACACUUGUUCUCAAGGUUGUUGGUGGAACUAACCAGUUUUCGAGACUUGGGAGAUAUUUAUGUGGUCUGAUGACGAAUCUUCACCUAGAAAAACUAACGUUGCUAGUUUUGUGGGUCACCAAAACAGCCUAGUCGAAAAAACGGCUGAGGAUCUUUGUUGCCUUGCUGAUCCUGUUUGGGAAUUAUUGGACCCACUACCAGAUAUCAGAUUGCUGUUUUCCUCAUUCGACAGUCAGUUCUUCGGAAAUUCUCUCGGAUGUGUAGAAGUCAAAUGGAGCUCCCGGAUGACUCUUUGUGCAGGAGUUUGCAAAUUUCACAAACCUUAUGGAAUGUGUUCCAUCAGCCUAAGUGAACCCCUACUAAAAUUUAGACCGCGAAAAGAUCUCGUGGAGACUCUGUUGCAUGAAAUGAUUCAUGCAUUUUUGUUCAUAACAAGGAAGGACAAAGUUUGUUAUCUCACUCCUAAUCCAAAUCUUUAGGAUCGUGAUGACCAUGGACCAAAUUUCAUAUCACACAUGCAUCGCAUCAACUCGUUGGCUGGAGUAAAUAUUACUGUAAUACCAAUGUUUUAAUAUGCCAGCGUGUCAUUUAUUCUCCUGUACAUAUCGUUAUAAGCUUAAUGGUUAAUUUUAUUUCGGUCACAAAAAUAUAUCAGUGUCAACUUCUUUUUUUAUUCCAGGAAGGUAUCUUAGAAUCAUUCGCUUGUUUGUAACUUUUCUUACCUGAUCCACACUGCCGUUGCUUAAAACCUUUGAUAAAUUUGAGUAGUGAUAUUUAGUCAAUUAAUAUAUUUUAACUUUAGUGAGGGUUCUCUGUUCACCGAGCUUUAGGAUGACCAGGUAAGCUAGGUUCCCGAUUUGAUCACUAAUUCAUAUGAAAAUAUGAAAAGUCGUUUUACAUCCUAAAGUUACUUGAACACUUGCCUUCAUAUUUCUAAAUUACCUCUUGAUGGGCUGGAUAAUGUAUUACACACACACCAUUACUAAAUGGUUUUGAGCCUAGCCUUCUGAUCUGGGCUUGUUACUCAACUAAUGUUUUGCUGAAUUAUUGUACUCAGUUGGCCUUCAUAAUAUUAGUUCGAUCUGAAAGUUUCUCUUUACAUUGACCUCGUACAAUUAUUCAUGGGAGAAUACAGUUUCUAUGACCAGUGGUUGUCGUUUGACUGUUAGUUACCUUACACAAAGAUCGUUGGCUUCUUUUCCAAUGUGUAGUUAAGCGUAGUGCAGUUGGUCUUAUUUACUAGUUAAACUAGCUUUGGCAAGUCAAAAGUAUAUACCCCGGUUUUCAUAAGAAGUCAAUAAAUGCGAGUUUAUUUUAGGUGUGAGUUGUACGACCGACCAGCUGUCUUUACCUAGACUAGCUUAUUUUUCUCGUAUUAAUUUAGUUACUGGUGUGUUAAUAGUACUAUCUGGUCACUGGUGUUUAUUAUUUGCUGUACUAGACUUAAUAACCAUCACAAAAUUCACAUAAUGCACUUCAAGAUGAACAGAACGACAUCCAACUAACUCGUACAUCAGGUGCAGCCCCAAAUCCGGUAGGCAUACAUAAUAGAAGUUAACAUAUCGAACAGUAGUGUCAUUAAGUAACCAUAUAUCGGUUCGUGACUCUGUUUGACCCAAAGUUACUACUUAUCCUUCCAAAUCAUAGUCGUUGAUGUUAGGUACAUACAUGCAACCGAAUGACUAAAAGUCAAGUGAUCUAACGAGUAGCUUCAACGUUUAAAGAUGCAAACUCGGGUGUUUCGGUAAUGUAUCGAAAAGAUGUAGUUCGAAUAGCAAAUGCAAGAAACCUAGUGUUGAGAAAAGAACACUGCAUGAUUCUGUCUUCAAGUGGUGAUAAAAGCUGAGUGAUUUAUAGUUAAGCGAAUUCAAUUACAGGCCAUCAUAGCAUCUAAGACGUAUUUGAAUAGUUUACUUUUCCAUAGACAACAUAUUGGUGAUCGAUGACUUUGUAACUUGAGAUUAUAACUUUUGUCUGCUAGUAUCUUUAUUGGGGUUUACAUGUUUGAUUACAUUUGGUUGUGUUAUAUGUCUAGGUUUACCAUGCAUUUCAUGAUGAAGUUGAUACAUAUCGCACUCACUGGUGGCGUUGUACCGGUCCAUGUCGCAACCGUCCACCAUACUUCGGCUAUGUUAAACGUUCUAUGAAUAGAGUACCUGGCCCUAAGGAUACUUGGUGGGGUCAGCAUCAAGCUACAUGUAUAGGUAAAUUUGUAAAAAUCAAGGAACCAGUGAAGAAAGUUCCAUCUAGACGAAAAACUUCAUUUGAAUCCAGUUCAAAAGACCAAUCUACAUCAAAAAAACAAAUUAGGAGUGGCGAUAUUCGAAACUUUGUCACCAUUGAUGAUGAAAAAGAAAAUACCUUUACAAAAUUUGCUAGUCACCCGAACAAUGGUGGAAGCAGUUAUUCAUCAGUCCAUGUUUGGCCUAGCGAUGAUAAAGGUCAUAUCCUCGGAAACGGUCACUCGUUAUGUCAAGACGUGGCACUGAUUGAAUCGAAACCAAAUGCAAUUGAAACAAUUGAUUUAUCAGAAGUAUCAUGCCCUAACUGCUCUUGUACUGUUUUACUCUCUCAGAUUAAUCAACACUUAGAUAUUUGCCUUUCAUAAAGCUAUCUUUACAAAUUUUUGAAAAUAAACUUUAUAGUAUUAUAACUUUGGUUCUAAUGCCUUAACCUAAGAUCUUCGAAAGUAUGUUCUGAACUAAUUUUCCGACAUGUUGAAUAAGUGUCUCUAUGUUUCAAAGGAGCUCAAAGGAAUACCUGGAAGAUGAAGUUGCUCUCAUUACAAAUUGCCUACGUGAAAAUGCAUAUUCAGCGAAGUUCAUCGAGAAAUAUGCCAAAGCCAACCCUCGGGUUAUGUACGAUAGAGUGGAAGAGAAAACCUGCUUCUUAUACUUACGCUUCAAAGGAGAUGAAAUCACUGAAAUAAUUAAUCACAGGAUAAAUUCCGCGUUGAAGGUGACUUACUCAGCGGAAAAACUGACGACACUAUGGGAAACGAACUGCUCUCUCAAACGAACUAAAAUCGACAGGUCCUCUUUUCUCAGUAGCUCCAACUUCAUUUACUGAUUUACAUGUACGUGACAAAGCACAUACAUUGGAAGAACCGAGAGAAGAGUAUAUGUUCGCAUUUCCGAUCAUGUUCCAAAGAAAUUGAGACUACGAGGGACAAGGGCUCUUAACAGUGCAAUAGCUCGGCAUUUACUUGACACCGGGCAUAACAUUGACAUUCCUCAAGCUUUUAAAAUUAUUAGCAGACAAAAAGGUACUGCUUUUCUCCGUUUUGCCGAAGCAAUCGCGAUAAAAAACUCAAACCUGAUCUAUGUAUUCAGAAAGAGCGUAAUAAACCUAUUACUACACUGGUAAUUCAAUUUUUAGUCAUUAGUUUUAUUGUUAAUGUUUAGUUUUUUAUAUUUCUCUUUCAUUAUCGAAUUCCUAAACCAUCCCUCCACUCAUACAUCUCCACUCACUCCAUUCUCUUAAAUUAUGUAAACUCUUCAAAUACCGUUCAAUUAUUACGUAACACAUCUUGCCAGUUUUUUAAUUCCAUGAAUCUUAUGUAAACCAUUCAUUACCUCUAAAAUUUGUCACACAAUAUAUCUUAUCUGUCUCUGAACUUCACUCAAUUAUUACGUCACCCAUCCCUAAUUUUUUCUUGAUUCUAACACCAAAUAACCUCUGACCUGUUCUGUAUAUAUAGUUAUUACUGAUAAACUUUGUCAUUCCCAUUCUUUACAUUCACUUAUGCCCAUUGUUCUACACUAUAUCUUACCUCAAUGUAAAAUUCUAAUACAUAUUUGGUAGUAAGCAGCAGAUGAGAAACCAUGAAAUAUAAUGAAUUCAUAUUAUUCUGAAUCCAUGUUCGUUCUGGCUUUACUUAAAUUCGUAAAGGGAACUAAUAGCAUGAAAUAUAUGUGGCAAAUUCACCAUAAGUUGGCUUGAUGGUUCGCUAAAUUAUUAGAUCUAAUUCGUAAAAGGGUAGCCGUCCAUUGUUUAAAAGACACAUUUCAGAAUAGAAUAAAUUGAUUUCAAAUAGAGCAAGAACAAACAUUAAUGCAGAAUAGUAUGAAUCCAUAUUAUUUCGAGGUUUCUCGUCAGCUGCUUACAAACCAAAAUUGUGAUAGAAUUUGUUUA